GACGAUCGUGGAGAAUUGCCAGCCUCGUAGGUCCAUCGGAGGAAAACUGGCGGUGGGGAGAGAGUUCUUCUUCGAAGCCCGCAGAACCCGCGGACAUGUAAAUUCCGCUUUCCCGGUGCUGCCCGGACCCCAUCGGACCCUCCAAACCCCAACCAACACCACUUCCACGUCCCUCUCUUCCCCACGACCAACCAUCAACCAGCCUCUGGUCGGCAUUUCGGGGCUUUCCUUCAUAUCGGCCAUGCAGUCAAUGCCACUGCUGUUCCGGCAGUCUCUCCGAGCAAGCGCCAACCUCUCCAGAACCCCUCGUCCCAUCCGCCCACCUGCGUUUCCUCGAACCGCCAUCAGCCCGAAGACAUUAUUACCGCCCACCACACGGGCAUUCUCCGUCUGCCUGCAGCGUCAAUUCCGCAGCAACCCCGCCACAUAUGCCUCCCCCAACGACCCCGACCACCUGAAAGACAAGGAGAGGCCCGCAGAACAAUCUUCGCAAAACGCCGCCGACACCCCGUGGACCGACGCGAUCCCGAAACCGGACGUGCUCACCGGCGAACAACAGCCUCCGCCCGCCGCGGAGAAGGAGUCCCUAUACAGAUCGACAGAGGAGCCAGGAAAGACAGGCUCGGACCGGACGCACGAUGGCGGUCUGCCGUCGUACAUGGAGGACCGCAGGUCGCAGUUCGCGAAGCAGUUCAGCACGAUGAUGGACAACCUGCAGUCGAACGUCUUCGUGGCCGGUCAGCGAUUGAACGACCUGACGGGAUAUUCGUCGAUCGAGUCUUUGAAAAGAGAUAUCCACACCCAGGAGGACCGACUCCGCGCCGCCCGCUCCCACGUCCGCAGCGCCAAAGACGCCUACGCAUCCGCCAUCAACCGCCGCUCGACCUCGCAGCGCGAAGUCAACGAGCUCCUGCAACGGAAACACGCCUGGUCGCCCACCGACCUCGAGCGCUUCACGCACCUCUACCGCAACGACCACACCAACGAAGUCGCCGAGAACGAAGCCCAAGAGGCCCUAUCGGCAGCGGAGCGCGAAUCCGAAGAGGCCGCCGCCCAGCUGAGCAAGAGCAUCCUGUCCCGCUACCACGAGGAGCAAGUCUGGUCGGACAAGAUCCGUCGCAUGAGUACAUGGGGCACCUGGGGCCUGAUGGGCGUCAACGUGCUUCUGUUCCUCAUCUUCCAGAUAGCCGUUGAGCCGUGGCGCCGGGCGCGCCUGGUCCGCGGCUUCGAAGAGAAGGUCAUCGAGGCCAUCGAGAAGGAGAAGUCCUUUAAUAACGGCAACCUCCUUUCCCCUGACGACAGUCACGUCCCAAUGGACGCGCACUUCUCCGCGCCCCUUGAAGUCACCAAUUCCGAGGAACCUUUCCACACCAACGGCGCACCGGCUGCUACCCCCGCGGGCAGUGCCCCCGUUUCGGAAGCAGCAGCAACACCAGCUGAGACACCCCUCCCCCCAGCAGACAACUACAAAGACGUGCUCAACAACACCGUCGAGCACUGGCGCCGCGUCCUCCACGACUGCUUCAGCGAGCGCAGCAUCACCAUCACGCAGCGGGACCUCUCGACCGUUGCGCUGCAGGGCGCUGCAGCCGGCGCGGCAGUCAUGGGCCUUGUGAUUGCACUGAUCCGGCCGCGGUGAUUGUGCGUCUGAUUUCGACCGCUGUGAUCUGCGGAAUGUAUAUUUGAAUAUAAGUCCAAGC